AUGGAGAAGCUCGCAAAGUCUGAUCGCAAGGUAGAGAAGAAGCUGUCUCGCUCCAUCGCAAGACGUCUCGUCAAGGACAGCGAAUUGUCACGAUCUUACCGAAUCCGCGCUCACCUGGCACUCGCCUUGCUUGUGUGUGCUCGGGAUGACCUUCGUGAGGCCGAGGAGGCUUACGCAGAAACCCACUCCAGAAUCCCACCUGAGCUACACGCAAAGAUGCAGGCUGAGCUACAAGUCGAGCUCCGAGCCAUCAGAGAAGCAUACAAGGGAAAAGAAACAGGAGAAAGGACUGCCGUUGAGGGAGAAAAUAACUCUGUCGAGGAUGCCUCAGCAUCUGCACUUACAGCAACGGCUCAGCUCAGUGCUGGUAGCGAGGAACAUCCUAUUGACCUAACCGUGGAGCACGAUUCUACACCUUACGGAAACACCAGCGGCAAAUCUUGCGUCAAUCUCGAUGAUAAACGAACUGGAAAGACAGACGUCAUAUCGACAGGAUUCUCCCUCUGGUCGAGAGUCAAGGUGAUAUGCAUAAUACGCUCUAGAUUGAGAGCCUUGCUAACGACAUUUUUAGCGCUCUUCUUCAUCCGUCCACUCUCAGUGUAUUUCAUCCAAAUAACGAUAUCACUAUCAUCAACAACGGAACCGAAGAUAUCAGAACGGGAGACGACCCUGCACGCUACAAUUUCCGGUCCUGAAUACUUCUAUCAUACCUCCAAGCAAAACAACCAUAUCUUUGGACUCUGA